AUGAUUACAGGAGAGCGGCACUGCGGGGUGACACGGAACAUCAAUCAGCACACCCGGACGGAGACGCAAUGGUCGGGCGCGGCGGUGACGAAGAAGGACAUCGUCUGCGAGAAGAUUUUCUUCACGAACGGGGCCGGCGGGAAGGCGUUCAAGGACCUCGGCGACAUCGACAGCGAGGCCACGGUGCAGACGACGUGGAGUCCGGAGGGGUUCCAGCUCACCCGGACCAUCAAGAAAGUGGAGAACUUCAAGACGAACUGUCGCGGGGACUGCUCGCCGACGCCGACCACCCAGAUCACCGCGCCGUCACCCAAAGGUCUCCAGUCACCCAAGGGUCUCCGGUCACCCGUCUGCGAGGCUGUCGAGAUCAAGCCGUUCAAGCCUCUCUGCCACCACCCCCAUGAGUCCCAUGACCCAGAUCACGCGUGUUCUCUCGGCACCGCUUACCGAAUAAUCUGUGAGCAUUUCAAGCAAUACGGUUGGCUCGUUUUCGUCUGAGUAAGAAAGCAAUCGCAGACAUUUUAAAACACUGCUAUCGAAAUACAAGGUGUCUCUGAAUUUAGCCAUCGUCGUUCGAGUAAAAAAUGCAAAUUUCGCAGUAUACAAUCAGGGAUGCCAAAGAAAAGGGGACAAGAAGUGAGUCCACCCCUCCCUUGGCGUUGGAAAAAUAUAAUUUUUCUUCCAAAAUUUUGCCAUACUCUUAGAUCGAAAGUUGCGUUCUCCGAGGAAAUUCUGUCCUUCCCUAAGACUCAGCUAAAAUAGCGCCCUGUUUCCGGUAAAACCCUCCAUUCAGGUCCCCGUUGGGUUUUGGAUUUGGAAGCUGUGUUUUGGCAAGUAUGAACCAUGUGCGGAAAGCCCAUACUUGGACCCUCUGUGUCUCUUGCCCUCGCCAAGUACAACCCCCUCACCGCACGGUCAGCUACGCUU